GACUCCAACAGGGACCCUGUGGGGUGGAUGUUAUCAAGCCCGAGUCAGCAGGCCAAGAAACUUGUUCAAGGUCACCCAGUCAAUGAGUGGCAGACCCAGGAUUCAAACCCAAGGCUCACUCUGAAGCUAGGCUCUUUCCACAGCAACUGAGGACUGUGGAUCAGAAGAGGCCCAAGGGCAAUCAAGAGCGUCAAGCUGGGGGCGACAUAAAAUGGCGUCUCAAGACCCCCUCCGGGAACCCACGCCCGCCUGACCUUAACUUCACCUCAAACGGAAGUGCCUUCAGCCCUUUCGGAAGUCACUUUCACCUCACCUUAAGGACUACAAAGCCACCGGACGUGACGUAUGGGUCACAUGGCGCCCCGGGGGCGGGGCUAGGGAAGAAACAUCCCCAGCGGGCGUGUGGCCGCGGGUUUUGCAUGGUCCAAUGAGGGCGGGCGGCGUGGCCAGGGCUGGUGGCGACGAUGAUGCGCCUGCGCACAGACGGCGGCACGACUGGGUUGACUCCGGGGGCGCGGCGAGGAGAGAGAUGAGGCUGAGCUGGGUCUUGACAGUACUGUCCAUCUGCCUGAGCGCCCUGGUCACGGCCACAGGGGCCGAGGGCAAACGGAAGCUGCAGAUUGGAGUCAAGAAAAGGGUAGACCACUGUCCCAUCAAAUCUCGGAAAGGGGACGUCCUGCACAUGCACUAUACGGGGAAGCUAGAAGAUGGAACAGAGUUUGACAGCAGCCUGCCCCAGAACCAGCCCUUUGUCUUCUCCUUGGGCACAGGCCAGGUCAUCAAGGGCUGGGACCAGGGGCUGCUAGGGAUGUGUGAGGGAGAAAAGCGGAAGCUGGUGAUUCCAUCAGAGCUGGGGUAUGGAGAGCGGGGAGCUCCCCCAAAGAUUCCAGGUGGUGCAACCUUGGUGUUCGAGGUGGAGCUGCUCAAAAUCGAGCGACGUUCAGAACUGUAGCCAAACUGGAGAGGGGCAGUGGAGAGGCCCUCAUCAGGGACCAGACUGUUUAAAGAAAAAAAAAAAAACCCUUAAAACCCA